AUGUUGCCAACACCAGAUCUCUCACAUCUCAAACGACAGGAUUAUGAACACAUUUAUGAACCUGCAGAGGAUACAUUUUUAUUCUUGGACGCUUUCGAGGAUGAGGCUCUCUUUCUGAAAGAGCUACAGCCAAAAAUUUCUUUAGAAAUUGGAUCCGGAUCGGGUUGCGUCACUGCAUUCGUCGCCAAAAUUUUGGGUGAAUCGAAUUGCUUAAAGUUCUGCACAGAUAUCAAUCCUAGAGCAACAAGAGCCACUAAAAGAACAGCUAAACAUAAUCAGGUCUCUGUUGAAAUUAUUGAGACUCAUCUGAUUUCUGGUCUACUGCCAAGAUUGCAGGGUCAAUUUGAUUUAAUUUACUUCAACCCACCGUAUGUUCUCACUCCAUCAGAAGAAGUUGGAUCAAAUUCUGUGGAAGCUGCUUGGGCUGGUGGAAUUGAUGGUCGUGAAGUAAUUGAUGAAUUGCUACCCUACAUUAAGUGUCUCCUCUCCUCGAUAGGUGUCUUUUAUAUGGUGGUCAUUAAUGAAAAUAAGCCGGAUGAAAUAAGGAAUAUUAUGCGGCAAGACGGAUUUGAUUCAAGUAUUGUCAAAACCCGUUUGGCAGGACGAGAAAAACUCUUUAUUCUGAAGUUCGUUAGAGCAACACUUUAAUAUUAUUUCCUCAUGAUAGAAAUAAAAUAACAGUUAAU